AUGGCGUUCCCACAGGCAACAUUAUUCGAAGACGAAUUUCCGCUGGUUCGCAGUUGUCCUACACUCAACGAAAUUCGUAUUGCCGAGGAGAUUAAAGACCUCACCAUUGAGGUAGCUCCCCUCAUCACAGUGACAUGUGCGCGUUAGGUGAAAGAUGGUGCACUGCUCCACGCACACAGAAUAAUACUUGCAGCUCGCAUUCCCUCUUUGCGAGCAUCUCUGAG